ACCCUAUAUAAGGUCGACCUGGACCCAAUUCUUGAGGAUCGACGAGUCCGCGCAGAAAAACCACGCAACUCACACAUCCUGACAAAAAUGGCUCCCAAGGUGCUCGUUGUUCUUACCUCCCAGGCCCAGAUUCCUGGCCGCGACCACGCCACCGGAUGGUACCUGCCCGAGUUCGCCCAUCCGUGGGAGGUCCUUCAUGAGAAGGUCGAGCUCACCGUCGCCUCCCCCAAGGGUGGCGAGGCUCCCCUCGACCCCUCGUCGGUCAAGAUGUUCGAGAGCGAUCCCGUGUCGACGAAAUUCCUGAACGAGCAGCAGUCGCUCUGGAAGAACACCCACAAGCUGGCCGAUUUCCUGCCCCGCGUUUCGGAAUUCGAUGCGAUUUUCUAUGUCGGUGGUCAUGGACCCAUGUUUGACCUCCACUACGACGAGACCUCCCUCGCCCUGAUCCAGGCUUUCGCUGCCGCUGGAAAGCCCGUCUCCGCCGUUUGCCACGGCCCGACCGUGUUCAUCAAGGCGACCACCAAGGCCGGCCAGCCCUUGCUCGCCAACUCCACCGUCACCGCCUUCACCAACGUCGAGGAAGACCAGGCCCAACUGACCGAGCUCAUGCCAUACCUGGUCGAGACUGAGAUGAACAAGAUCCCCGGAUGUCAAUUUGUGAAGGCCGAUCAGCCGUGGGGCGAGAAGGUUGUCGUCUCGAAGACCUCCGACGGCGCGACUCUGAUCACCGGUCAGAACCCGGCCAGUGCGACGGGCGUUGGAAAGGAAAUCCUCAAGGCUCUGGGACUUUAAAAUUACAGAUUACUCUAUCCUGAUAAUUCAUGAAAUGUAUGAUUGUUAUGAGAAAUAAAUGAUCAUCUUCUUCACUUCGCUUCAUUUAUUGUUCUUCCGUCGGAUUCCGGCGGAUCAAUGUAUAUCUAACACGCCGACCACCCUGACAGCGAUGAUCCCCCCCAUUCUACCUGUCCAUGGGCGAAUCAGCCUUACUCCAUGCCGAGCGUGGUCAUCAACCGCCGGAGAUGCAAAGGGGGACUGAUAAGCGCCCCGCUCCAAUAUCCUGAAGACCUCCCAUUUGGGGAAUCGUCAGGGCGGUCCAGGUACUAAAUUAGCCAAGCCCCUAGCCGCGGCCAAAGGCGUUACGGCAUUGCAGAAUGUGUGU